CCGCUCGGUGUUACCUCCACGAAACAAGGCUCAGCAACAACGCCUCAGCAAGCGGAAGACUUCAACGGCAUCGAGUACAGCAAUGACAGUACCAGUGACCACCGCGAUUCUUCCCGCAUGCCCGGUCCAAGGGGCCGGUGAGCCGUUGGCAGCUUACCUUCAGCGGGUACAGGCAUUCACAGAUGCCGUGGCUACCGCAAAGGCACAAGAGGAGGCAGCAGAAACUGAACGUCAGCGGCUGGCGAAUGAGGCAACAGCCCAAGCUCAGCARACUGCUGAGGCUGACGCAGCGGCACGAGACCGACGGAAUGCCGCCAGCACGGAGUCCUUGAUCGCUUGUGAGCAUCAAUGGACAACGAUACUCCAAGGCGUGUUCUUUGUGCCUACGGAAACGCAGGCGGAGCCGACACAGGCGGAGGCAGAGAGAAGUAACCUGGCUACCGUGAUGUUGAACGUAAUGAGGGGAGUAAUGUGGAACAACAAACUACUGCAGGCACACCUGCACGCGCAACGACAGCAAAGACAACAGUACCAGCAAGACCUGGCCGCUGUAACGGCUGCCGUCCGCGACGCAGCAACGCAGCAGCAGCAACAGCAACAGCUGUUAAACUCUACCAUCACACGCAUCAACGGCAUUGAGGCCAACGCCUCAGCAGCGCCAGGCUGCACGACAGACGAGACGAAGCAGCUCAAUGGGCGCAUCGAUCAUGUCGUCAAACUCAUCGGCGAUACAGGUGUUUUCAAUGAGCCAGACACGAUCAGUAGCACGGUGGCCGCCAUCAAGACGGACAUCACCAAGCUGCAGACGAAACCGGACGCCGCUACGAAGACUUACAAGAUGCCGCACUUCGACAUCAGCAAGUUCGACGACUACAACAAGUCGGACGCCUUGACAUGGUGGCAACGCUUCCUCACGGAAGCAUCAUGCCGCACUGUCCCGGCGGACGACAUGAUGAAGGCGCUCUAUUUGCAACUGAUUGGAGGAGCGCAGGCAUGGAUGAACCAUCUGGCGGCUACCAACAAAUGCACCAUCGCCGAACUCCACACGCACAUCACGUGGAAAGAGUUCGAGAAGCUAUGGCUCACCCGGUUCAUGGUUCGCAACAUCGUGAAGGCAGCCAUGAACGAGGUGUACGCCUGCUCUCAAGUUUGCCACCGUAACAAGGGUCGAUCUCGAGUCCCCUUUGCCGAACUAAAACCGUUGCGGAUCCCUCGAGCACCGCGCCUCUCCAUUGCUAUGGACGUGACAGGCCCGUUCCCCCGUGAUCGCCACAGCCAUGACGGUAUUCUCACGGUCGUUGACCGUUUGAGCAAGUAUGCUCGCUUCCUUCCUUGCAAGUAUCAUGUUGCAGCACCCGAGCUCGCACGACUCUUGCACACCGGUUGGAUUACCAACCAGGGUGUUCCAGAAGACAUAGUGAGCGACCGAGAUACUCGCUUCAUGUCAACCUUUUGGACUUCCCUCAUGGCUGAGUCCGAUACGACAAUGAAGCCGAGCUCGGCUCGGCACCCGCAGACGGAUGGCCAGACGGAGCGAGCGCACCAGACCGCUCAGAUGAUGUUGCGUUCGCUCAUCCGUCCCGACCAGAAAGAUUGGGUUGACCGGCUUCCCGACAUCGAGUUCGCCUAUAACACUUCGGUGCACCCGGCGAUCUGCGUCACACCAUUCGAGCUACAUCAUGGUGGAGAGAAAGCACGGAUCUUCGCUGAUCUCCUGCUGCCACAGGCUGCCGACAUAGACGUCCCUUGCUCUCCCGCUUCCGUUCGGAAGUACCGGGACUUGCUGAUCAAAGCCCGCGCAAAUAUGCAAAAGGCUCAGAUCCGCAUGCAGCAGCAGGCUAACCGACGUCGACUUCCAUGUCCUUUCCGCGAGGGAGACCUCGUUUGGGUCCUCUCCGAGGAAUUUGCGCUCGAGCAGGACAUUUCGCGCAAAUUCCUUCCGAAAUGGUUCGGACCAUGGGAAGUCACUUCUGCCAUUGGAGACGACCCCGCAGGUCCUUCCUUCGUGAUCAACAUUCCACCGCACCUUACAGUGCAUUGGGUCUUCCACGCAUCGAAGCUGGCCAUCUACACUCCACCUUCAGUUGACGAGUUUCCCGGACGUCGAUCACAGGAUCCGCCUUCUAUGGACGGACAUCAGGGAGUGGACCGAGUCAUCACGCACCGCAAGUAUGGCAACAAGCCAAUGCAGUACAAAGUCACAUUCAAGCCAUGUGCGCUUGAGGACACUCGGUGGAUCUCUAGUGCAGACUUGCAGACUUCUGAACCCCUCAUCUUCGCCGACUAUGAGAAGACACGACUUGCCAAGGCAGCAGCUCGUCCCACCCGACCCAUCCCGGUAUCGGACAGACAACUCCGCCCUCGCAGGUAGCUCGGUCUUUUAAGAGGGGGAGUGUGUUACAUCUUCGACGCCACACGGGUCCUACCGGACCCGACAUAGGGGUAGA